CUCCAGGAAGCCCUACACUCGUCCGAACAACCAACAUCGUCAGGGAGCCGUGCCACACUUCGAUUCCAGUUCAGUAUUAUCGAUUGUUCUGUUUCCUGCUCUGCCAACGUCGAAGCCAUCUUGCACCUUACACACUUUUUGCGUUGCCUGCUUUGACCUCGGCGUUGGGAAAAUACUUGCUCCACCAGGCACACACCGGCAAUCGCACCGUACAGUGUCGUCAGCUCCUACUUGCUUACGGAUACGGAUCCUCGGAACCGUUCCAACCCAUUCACGGCAACCUCCACGUCUCGACAAUCGCUGUCGCGCAAACCCUGUUGGUGCUGAAUCUCUGCUUGAAACUUGCCAUUUCCACUCCCCGCCUCUGCCAUCAUCGGAUCCCUGUUACGUUACGCGGCACGCCCGCAGAGGUCGGACCCAGCGGCGUGUCUACUAUUACCCAAAACAACACUCUCAGCCGAACCGCCCUCCUCGUCAGCCCAGCAUGGCCGACGACCAACAACAAAUCAACCUCCCCUCGCUGGCGGUGAUACUCGUCCUCUCGGGUCUCAUCAUACGCUAUCUCUUCUUCUCGCCAUCGGCCGGCACAGCCUCGUCAUCCUCGAGGUCAGAGAGAGCAGGGGACACGGCGGCGCUGAUGCGCCAGCGCGAAGCGGCGGCCGAGAGGAUACAGCAGAUGUUCCCGCAGGUGGACCGGCGGACGGCGCUGUGGGAUCUCCAGCGGACAGGCGGGAAUGUGGCGGCGACGACGGAGAGGAUUCUGGCGGGGCGGUUGGAGACGCCCCCUAUUACCUUCCAACCGCCUCCUCCGCCGACCGGCAGCACCAGCGAGAACAGCGCUGCGACGCCGCAGUCCAAGCCCGCCGCGGGACCGGCGCAUCCGGAUCUGAUCACGAGGUAUAACCUGCAGGAUAAGCUCCGUACACCUGCCGAAAAUUCGGGGGCCAACAACAGCGGGGCGGAGGGGCCUGGCAAGGGGGCCGGGAAAGCGUGGAGCUCGAGUCGCGAGGAAAGGGAGUCGCUGCUGCAGAAGCGGCGGGACCAGAUGAUUUUGGAGGCAAGGAGGAAGAUGGAGGCCAAGCUUGCUGCUGAGAAGAGCGCGGGGAACAGUUGAGGGGCCGGUAGAAGAAUGGGGACAUUGCAGAGUCAAGCAGGGUCGGGUC